AUGUUACAAGACAAUUUGUCUGGACUUGUCGACCCGGACGUGCUGGACAUUUUCCUCGCCAUCAGCCUCGUGUUAGAGAGUCUCCUCAGCAUCGUUGGUGUAGCCGGCAACAUCAUCAGCAUCGUCGUCUUCAGCCAGCAGGGCUACAGGGAGACAACCAACAUUUCCCUCACGGCUUUAGCGCUGAGCGACAUAGGGGCUAUCCUCACAUUACAGCUCCGUAGCCUCAUGCUUAACCCUUGGACUUUGAACUCUAAACUGAUCUUUAACCCGGUAGAUUUUUCUGUCAUGUUUUCUACUUACCCCCACAACUACUUCAUACGCUCAGUGUUUCUUGCUGUGGUGGCUGUUAUUCGCAAGUUGAGCGUUCGUGGAAUGUACUUUGACAUCACGGUCUGUUGCUACUGUGCUAUUGUCUUGCUUGAGAACAUCAACUCAGCCGUCAACCCGUUGGUGUAUUACAAGAUGAGUAAAAAAUACAGGGACACGUGUAGGAAGAUUUUCCUUAAAUAUUUGUCUAAUUCCUUAUGA